AUGCUGUGGUAGAUCGCUGACGAGUGUAUCAACAAUAGACCCUUCUUUGAUUGAGACAUUACAGCCCCAAACGAACAUUCCUCAAUCGUCUAUGCCAUACCCUGGGCAGCCGAACUACGGCUAUCAUCCUCAGUCCCCCGAGCUUCCCUAUCUUCCCCAAGCCGAGGAGUGCCAUACGAAGCAGGCAAUUGCACAGCAGCUCAAUCACAUCCCGACAUCUUCUCCUUUGAUCAAUGACCGGAGGUCCUCCAUCUCCUCUGAGCUCUCCCGUCGCUCACAGCUGAGCCCGGCUGCUAGCAACGCGGAUCUUGAUGAUGACACCAAGGAGAAGGGACGGUGCCCCCACCCUGACUGCGGACGCGUCUUCAAAGAUUUGAAGGCCCACUUGCUAACCCAUCGGUCGGAGAGGCCCGAGAAAUGCCCCAUAGUUAACUGUGAAUAUCAUAUCAAGGGCUUCGCCCGCAAAUAUGACAAGAACCGUCAUACUCUCAUCCAUUACAAGGGAACAAUGGUCUGCGGCUUUUGUCCAGGAUCUGGCUCGCCGGCGGAAAAAAGCUUCAACAGAGCAGAUGUCUUCAAGCGUCACUUGACUUCAGUACAUGGCGUGGAGCAAACACCGCCAAACUGCCGGAAGAAGAGCCCAGCUGCGUCUAACAAGGCUGUCACAGGAUAUCGCCACGAUGCGACUGUCAAGUGCUCGACAUGCCCUGACACCUUCGACAACGCUCAGGAAUUCUACGAGCACUUGGACGACUGUGUUCUCCGAGUUGUGCAAAAGGAGCAACCUAGUGAGGCUGUCAACCAGAGAUGCCUGGCUGAAGUUGACUCGGAUGAGGAGGUGAAGAAAACCAUGGAGAAGCAUAAGCUGCUCGACACGGCUGGUACCGUUUAUCGAUACGAUGAUGAACUUGAUGACGAUGAAGACGAUUCAAAUGAGGUUCUGUCUCUCCGGCGAUCCACCAACAGUGCUAUGAAAGCCAGCAGAGGCAGCGCAAGUACUUCCGCCCGUGUGACACUGGGAAACAGCGCCGUUACCAAGCGCCCAAUCGCCUCCAAGCGACGGAACAACCGUGAUCGCUACCCCCAAUCCUGGGGUUGCCCCAGAAGCAACAUCAACAUCAGAAAGCGCGUUCUGUGCGUGUUUGAUGGCCCACGCCGUCUGUUGAAGGACGAAAUGAUGCUCAAAAACGAGCAUGAAGUCCGUGUAAAGCUUCCUGGCGGCACUGGCGACGGCACUAAUCGAGAGGCAUAUGUGACCGAUCUGGACGUCCAAACUUUGAAGCGCGCAGAAGGCAUCCUCAGUGCUACUGAUGAAGAACGGGGCCCUUGGCUAGAUGGGCCCUCUUCUCAGAUGAUUGGGCCACCGGCCAUGCCGAUGGCCGGUCUGUCCCAUCCUUAUGAAGGAGAGGUAGAUAUUGAUGAGCUCAUGGCUUGAACACUCUUCAGUUUCUUAAGUUCGGCUCUUGUUUUGCAUACGUGGCAUGAAGUUAGCGAUAUUUUCUUAUGUCUGGCUAGUGUGAUACCAUUCUCUGUUGUUGUUUCCUUUUGGAUAUAUUGGGUUCCAUCUUCCCAACUCUGUACUUAUAUGAUGUAUUAAUCCUGAUCUUUGGCUGGCUGGACCUGUGGAGUUCAAGGAGGACAAGAUGGAAAAAACAAAAAGCUUUUAUUUAUCAACAUUAAUUAGGUCAUCCCACACUGAUUUCGAGGUCCAAUGUGACUAUACAAUGAUUUUCUCUCCA